UACAUAAUGAAAUGAGUUCAAGUAGCAAGAGGAGGGAGGAGAAUGAAUUCAUUUGAGAAGAAUGAAGAACCAAGUCUUAAGAAUCAGCCCCAUGAAUCAUCCACAAGCUUUACAAGAUGUUGCUGUUUCUUCAUACUAAUCCUCCUCAGCUUAAAAGCACUGGUUGUGAUCAUUCUUAUCAUAUUAGUCUUUGUCAUCAGACCAAAACAACCCCAAUUCCAUCUCCACUCAAUAAGUUUUCAGUCAUUCAACUUGGAUGUAAAUUCUAGCCAACAACUCAAUGCUUCUUCAUCACUUGCCUAUGUACUACUUGUGACCGAAAACCCGAAUAAGCUUGGAAUACGGUAUAAUCCAUCAGAGCUUGCAAUUCUAUAUGACCAUGAAGCCUUUGGUGUUAUCCAAGUUCCGGUGUUCUACCAGCCUCUGAGAAGCAGGAAUGUGACAGUUCAAGUGCAGGUCUCAUUCCAGCCAUGGGAAGUCAGUAAACUCAUCAAUGGAAUAGCUCUAUCUUCUAAUGGUACAAUCAAUGGUGAAAUACAUAUAUUUGGUAUAAUUCAAGCUCAGCCUCAUGCCUUGAACUUCCCUCUGCUAACUAUUAAAGGUUUAUCUUGAUUGCAGGGUAUGCAUUGAGUAUGAUGGUGGUGUUUGGCCUUGCAUUCAGUAAAGAAGCAAUUGGAGUACUUAAGUCACACAAGACUAUACUUCUCUCCAGUUUCCCACAUAUAACACAGAAAUGCUCUGUGGCUCUCUGUAUAUAAAAAAGAUCAAAACAGGAGCUCUAUGUUGAUAGUUCUUGAUUUCUGAUUAUUUGAACGAGAUCAGGAAUUUGUGUAAUUG